AUGCGGCUGCAAUUCUUGCCAUACAACCCUUCAAAAGACUCUUAUGACCUCGACGAGACUGCCGAAGAAUCACCCCAGCAACACGCUGCCAGGGUGUACCAUCGGAAGGCGAAGUUGCUCAGAAAAGCUGCCGGCAACAGUCAGAAGUCGGCGGCAAAUCGCAGCCAGGGGCCGGCGGCGAAGGCCAAGUCGGGUGCCGGUCCCCCAAAACCUGAGUCGGUCUUCUACAAUGAUAAGAGUGGCAACGUUCUUGCGACAUCCGGCACGACAGAUCCUGGUCCGGUGACCGUCCUUGGAGCUGGCCGGAUUGACCCUUUCGAUACCUAUUGCACAUCAGACCACUCACUGAUCAUACAUGAGAUGCUCGAUCAUGCCAUCUCUUUCCAGUGGACACUUUUCGCUCCAGACGACAAGCCGGAGUCUCUCCUUAUGGCAAAGAAAGCCGUCAUGGAUACGGCGAUCCGCUUCCCUGUAUGCUUCCACACUCUCGUCUACUCUGGCGCAACGCAUAAAGCUUUCCACCAGUCACCAACGGUCGACAACCGCGGAAGCGCGCUCCUGCGCUUGAGGAGUAAAGUGGAGGCAUUGAAGGCCCUGAGGAAAGCUUCACAGUCCAGCGAAGCGGCAUUGAGCGACGGAGUCAUCUUCGCCAUGGCUCUGUUGGCGAUACUGGGAUAUGGAGAGAAGGUCACCUCGGUGACAAAGCACGAGAGGAGAACGAUGGCCGCCCAGCAAGACGGCCAAUUUUAUGCUUCAAUGGAGUACGAAUGGCGACACUGGAGGGCGCUUAUCGAAGUAUUCAAACUGAAAGGAGGACUACAUACAAUUCAGUUCCCAGGUCUUGCCUUUGCCAUCGCUUCCUUUGACAUUCACACUUCAAUGAUGUUCCAGACGAGACCUGCUUUUCCUUUAUUCAUGCUUUCGUCACUCGUUAUCGGCUCUUGGUCGACUAAUCAACCCAGCAGCCCUGCAAUGCUGAGAUUGUCUGCUCUUACCUCUGGCUUUGGGUUCUUGGAAGACCUAUGUUUAACAGAGGCCAUCGACCUCCUGACCGUACUGCGUGGAGUCCGCGACAUAACCAUUGCCUUCGAUAGUUACCAACACGGCGAGCCUGAAGCCCCACCAAUCAAACUCAUCAUCUUCGCUCGAAAUUUGAAUCAGCAUGAGCUCCUAACCCUGCCGGACUUAUCGGGAGGACUAUACUGUGACGAUCUCGGCCAAAGUAGCCCGCCGGCCACAACACGUCAAGCCCUCGCACUGUACGAAUUGUGCCGACUAUGUGCCUUUGUCUUUCAAAUGACGGUUCUCCUGCCGAAUCUCCACGACAACAUAGACGUCACAAUUCCAUAUGCUCAUCGCAUCCGACGGUGCCUGCAGAUCGCAACCACCGACUUGAGCCUGCAUGGGGACACAAAAUACCAUGACUUGCUCCUCUGGGCGACCCUCAUGACCGCCUGGCUCGUCAAAGGCACCUACCUUUACGACUGGUUUGUUGACUUCUUGGUGGAACACGUCGGUGCGGCCAACAUCGGUGGGGGAGACGGUGGCCUCCCGAGCGUCUCCCAAUGGCCAAGAGUCAAGAACAUACUCUCCAGCUUUCUUUGGCUGGACAGUGAAUGCCUUGCACCUUGUGCCUGGGUGUGGGAAGAAGUCGAAGCUUCACAAAUUCCAAAUGAGAAGUGCGCAGUUUGA